AGACAGUCUGACAGUCACAAGACCUAGCAGCCUCAAAACAGGUGAUUGCAUAUCGGAAAAAGACAGUUUGGGGAAAAUCUGUCUUCGUCCUUUGAUUGGGAAGAAAUUUCCUCACAAUGUCAAAAAUGGCUGCUUCACGUCAGUCAAUUCAAGACGUUAUUCCAGAACUCCCUGCGGAAAAUAUUGAUAUGCUUGCUGCUACCAGCAAGCUGCAACAACAAGCAACUGAAAUCCGUGCUCAGCAUAUUAACUGGCAGUCUUACUUACAAUCUCAAAUGAUUUCUCAAGAAGACUUCAACUUCAUCAAACCUCUGGAUGCAGCAGAUGCAGCGACCCGUGAAGCAAUCUUGAAAGAACACCGUACUCAGUGUGCCAAAACUUUCCUCAAUUUGCUCGGACAUGUUUCUAAGGAUCAGACUAUUCAGUACAUUCUGAUAAUGAUUGACGACCUUCUGCAGGAGGAUCGUCAUCGUGUUGAAAUCUUUCGGGAGUAUUCUCAGAAAAAACGAGAAUCAGUUUGGGGUCCAUUUUUAAAUCUUCUGAACCGUCCAGAUGAAUUCAUCACAAACAUGACUGCUCGUAUAAUUGCUAAAAUGGCAUGCUGGAGCAAGGAAACAAUGGAGAAGUCUGAUUUGCAUUUUUAUCUUACCUGGCUGAAAGAUCAACUGAAGAAACCUGACAAUGAGUAUGUCCAAUCAGUUGGGCGUUGCUUGCAAAUGAUGCUGCGCAUUGAUGAGUAUCGUUUAGCAUUUGUGGCAGUUGACGGCAUUUCUACUAUCAUAUCAGUCCUCCGAGGAAGAGUUAACUUCCAAGUUCAAUAUCAACUGGUCUUCUGCCUUUGGGUGCUCACUUUCAAUCCUCUUUUGGCAGAAAAGAUGAACAAAUUUAACGUUAUCCCAAUUCUUGCUGAUAUUUUGAGCGACUCUGUGAAAGAAAAAGUGACCCGGAUCAUACUUGCUGUAUUCAGGAAUAUGAUUGAAAAGCCUGCUGAUAGCCAGGUUUCAAAGGACCACUGCAUGGCAAUGGUUUCAAGCAAAGUUUUGAAGCAACUAAGUAUUUUGGAACAGCGUAAAUUUGAUGAUGAAGACAUUGUUGCUGAUAUUGAGUUUUUGAACGAACGUUUGCAGGCUUCAGUUCAAGACCUGAGUUCGUUUGAUGAGUAUGCCACUGAAGUUAAGUCUGGACGCCUGGAGUGGAGCCCAGUCCAUAGGUCGGCUCAAUUCUGGAGGGAGAAUGCAGGUCGCCUGAAUGAAAAGAACUAUGAAUUGCUUCGUAUUCUGACUCACCUUCUGCAGAACAGUCAUGACCCCCUUGUAUUAGCUGUUGCUGCUUUUGAUAUUGGAGAAUAUGUCCGUCAUUAUCCUCGUGGAAAACAUGUCAUUGAGCAGCUUGGAGGCAAGCAAACAGUAAUGCAACUUCUUGCUCAUGAUGACCCUAAUGUGCGCUAUGAAGCAUUGUUGGCAGUUCAAAAACUAAUGGUACACAACUGGGAAUACUUGGGAAGGCAGUUAGAGAAGGAGCAGGACAACAACAAAACUCAAGGAAACAAACCUGCUUCUGGAGGCAGUGCUGUUGCUGCAAAGGCGUAACAAUCCAAUGGAAACCGAGGCCUUACAAUAGGCUUUUAUUUGUUUUCAUCUGAUUUGCUGAACCUCUUAAACUUUUUAAAAAUCUACUUUCGCCCCUGUCUGUUAAGGUUUGUUGUAACGAAUUUUAUAGAGAGGAGCCCCCGGUCAUUAUAUUGUUUUGUACUUACUAUUACCUUAUUUUAAAAUUACCAUUAAUACAGAGUGUUUGUGAGUCAACUUUACACUAUCUAUAUCAAGCUUUGCUUUUAUUGCAAUUGAUGAGGAGAAAUGUUGGAUGUAGGUAUGUUUCUUUUUCUCUUGUCAGUAAAUGAAGAAGCUCAUAUAUAUUCAUUAUCAGUAUUAGUGCAGUUGUUUCAUCUUAAAUAUCACAUUCAGGCCAAACCAUUUAAUUUUUCUUUGUGAAAGAUUGGAGACAGUGACUUCUGUGUAAUCACUACCAAAGUAUAUUCUAUUAUCUCUCAGACUUUUAAUGUCUUGCUUUGUAAUUUCUUAGCCUUUUGUAGAGGUUCAGCUUUCCAUUUUUGCUCAUUUUAUUUCUUGUGUGUACAUACAUUUUAAAGUAGCUCAAGAAAGAGGUUUUGAACAUAGAGAACUGCAUUGUCAUUUGAGCAAAAGAAAAAAAAGGUGGGUUUUUGGUUACACUUAUAACUUGGUUCUACCACACUUGCAAACUCCACAGGAUUGUUAAUAGAGUAGCAAACUAACAUUCCAGAAUACUUUUCAUGUAUUCUAGGCUGUAGAUGAAAUUCAUUAUUAGAAAGAUGUAAUUAUUGUACAUAAUAUAUCCUGCAAAUCAGAAGAAAAUGUAUGUAAUUUGUUAAAUGCUGUUAUGUUUGAUCAUUAAUGAAUUUUUGUUUUGUUGUCAAAAUUAGUAAAAGCUUUUCAUGAAUUUUGAUUGUAAUAUCAUUGUACAUGGAGUAUAUCUGCAUUAAAUGUGAAUUUUAUGAGCCUUGUCAA